AUGAACGCUCAAAUAUUCCUGUUUACACUACUCUCAAUAACUCUAGAACACUUUGCACAAGCAGAAUUUCAACAUAGUUUAGAAAUCACAGAUAUUUUGCCAGAAGACAUAAAACGUUACGAUAAAAUGAGACCGCCCAAAAAAGAGGGACAACCAACGAUAGUUUAUUUUCAUGUCACCGUCAUGGGUUUAGAUUCCAUUGAUGAAAACUCCAUGACCUAUGUAGCGGAUAUAUUUUUUGCGCAGACCUGGAAGGAUCAUCGUUUAAGACUGCCCGAAAAUAUGACACAAGAAUAUCGUUUAUUAGAGGUGGAUUGGCUAAAACGUUUAUGGCGUCCAGAUUCAUUUUUCAAAAAUGCCAAAUCGGUAACAUUUCAAACGAUGACCAUACCGAAUCAUUAUAUGUGGCUGUAUAAAGAUAAAACUAUAUUGUACAUGGUGAAAUUGACCCUAAAGCUGUCGUGUAUUAUGAAUUUUGCCAUUUAUCCGCAUGAUACACAGGAGUGUAAACUACAAAUGGAAAGUUUGUCCCACACCACGGAUGACAUGAUAUUUCAAUGGGAUCCCACCACACCUUUAGUGGUAGAUGAAAACAUCGAAUUGCCUCAGGUGGCGCUGAUACAUAAUGAAACGGCCGAUUGUACUCAAGUCUAUUCGACUGGUAACUUUACCUGCCUGGAAGUGGUGUUCACUUUAAAAAGACGUCUGGUUUAUUAUGUUUUCAAUACCUAUAUACCCACUUGUAUGAUUGUUAUAAUGUCUUGGGUAUCAUUUUGGAUUAAACCAGAGGCUGCUCCUGCCCGGGUUACUUUGGGUGUCACUUCUCUGCUAACUUUAUCAACGCAACAUGCGAAAUCUCAAUCAUCACUACCGCCUGUAUCGUAUUUAAAAGCAGUAGAUGCUUUCAUGUCCGUGUGUACGGUUUUCGUGUUUAUGGCUCUUAUGGAGUAUUGUCUAAUCAACAUCGUCUUAAGUGAUACACCCAUACCAAAACCUAUAGCUUAUCCUCCUAAACCCAAACCGGAAGAAGCUAAAAAGGAGGAGGCGAAACCAGAGCCGCCACCACCACCAGCUCAUCCACCGCUAACCGAUGAAAAAAUAGAGAAAAUCUUUGAUGAAAUGACAAAAAAUAAAAGGUCUCAUUUAGGCCAUGGCCAUAGUCAUAGCCACUCUCAUACCCACACCACACGUCGUGUUAUGCGUCCACCAAUCGAUGCCGAUGGUCCUUGGAUACCUCGUCAAGAAUCUCGCAUUAUUUUAACACCCACAAUAGCACCGCCACCAACACCAGCACCCAAACCCGUUGAACCCGAACCACCCAAACCAAAAUUAACACCUCAACAGGAACGUUUAAAACGUGCCAUCUAUAUAGAUCGUACUUCUCGUGUAGCAUUUCCCGCUUUAUUUGCCUCUCUAAAUGCCAUCUAUUGGAUUGUAUUUUAUGAAUAUCUUUAAGAAGUUUAAAAGAAAUGCACUAGCACUGUAUUGUAGUGUUUUAGAAAUGAAACUUAAUUUAAGUAUCAAACUAAAAAUUUCGAAAAAAACACAAUGUUGUUUUAGGGUUAAAGUAUUGCCUGUAUUUAAGUUAGUUUUCAAAAGACACACUCUACGUGAACAUCUGCGUAUUGGCCCAUUUCACGGUGGUCUUUUUCAACAACUGGAUUGACUCACCAUCAGAGAUACAAACUGAGCAGGCUCAAAUCGACGGGCAACUGGCCACCCGUAGUAUCAGACUAAGUGGUCCUCUGAUUAGUACCCAAGAAAAGUUCGACGAGUUACUUGACGUCACUAGUCUAUAGUCUCGGCAGACAAGAGUUACUGGUAGCACCUCUUUACCACGAGAUAACAAAACACCAAGAGGAACUACAGCCGAUUUUAGUUUUCUUAUAUAAAAAUCGAUAAAAAUCGAUUUUGCAUGGAAAAUAUAAGUGAUCUCAGAUUUUUACUAUUUUCUCGAUU